GUCAAAACGGACAUCUACGUGACCAGCUUUGGGCCAGUGUCCGACGUGGAGAUGGAAUACACAAUGGAUGUCUUCUUUCGGCAGACAUGGAUUGAUGAAAGGUUGAAGUUUAGUGGGCCAACUGAAAUUUUGAGAUUGAACAAUUUAAUGGUCAGUAAAAUUUGGACACCAGACACAUUUUUUAGAAAUGGAAAAAAAUCAAUUGCUCAUAAUAUGACAACUCCUAACAAACUUUUCAGAAUUAUGCAGAAUGGAACUAUUCUUUACACAAUGAGACUAACCAUUAAUGCUGACUGUCCUAUGCGGUUGGUGAACUUCCCUAUGGAUGGACAUGCUUGUCCAUUGAAGUUUGGAAGCUAUGCUUAUCCAAAAAGUGAAAUAAUUUAUACAUGGAAAAAAGGACCCCUGCAUUCAGUAGAAGUACCACAGGAGUCUUCUAGUCUCCUCCAGUAUGACCUCAUAGGACAAACUGUAUCUAGUGAAACAAUUAAAUCUAACACAGGUGAAUAUGUAAUCAUGACAGUUUAUUUCCACUUGCAAAGGAAGAUGGGCUACUUCAUGAUACAGAUAUAUACUCCAUGCAUUAUGACAGUCAUUCUUUCUCAGGUGUCUUUCUGGAUUAACAAGGAGUCUGUUCCAGCCAGAACAGUUUUUGGAAUCACAACAGUUCUAACAAUGACCACUUUAAGCAUCAGUGCACGCCAUUCUUUGCCCAAGGUGUCCUAUGCCACCGCCAUGGAUUGGUUCAUAGCUGUGUGCUUUGCCUUUGUCUUCUCUGCACUUAUUGAGUUUGCAGCUGUCAACUACUUUACCAAUCUUCAGACUCAGAGAGCAAUGAGGAAGGCAGCCAGGGCAGCAGCACUGGCAGCAGCACUAUCAGCAGCAACUGUACCGGCAGAGGACGAGAUUGUCUCGCAUUCUGACUCCAACUGUAACCUGAAAAAGCGAGUAAAUUCCGUAGCAUCUCAGGCAGAUCAGUCUCCUGAAGCCAGCGUAAUAUCAAAUAGUGCUUCCCAGUGUCAAUCAGUGUGUGCUCCUCCACCAGCCCCACCACCACUACCACCACCACCUAUUGGAGGCACCAGUAAAAUAGACCAGUAUUCUAGGAUCCUCUUUCCAGUGGCAUUUGCAGGAUUCAACCUCGUAUACUGGGUCGUUUAUCUUUCAAAAGACACUAUGGAAUUUUUUGAACCUACUGCAAUGCAUCUUCGAAAUGACCAUCAGUCCAGCUGAAGAACAGCUCAAGGUUUCAAAGAAAGCACUGAAGGUUGUGUAGGGUUGAAGGGACUUCAAACG